AUGUCCACUGCUGCUCCUCCCACUGCGUCACCCUCCGUCGUCCGAAGCCAGUCCAUCUCCUCUCGCUCCUCUUCCCAUCGCCCUCCCUCGUCUGAUCUCCCUCACCGAACCCGAAGUGUCGCGGUCCGUCCCGCGACUGCCUCCCAGCCAUCUCCGCAGCAUCACCAUCAUCAUCACUCGCAGAAUCGCUAUUCCCAUUCCUACUCCAAGUCUCAGUCCUAUGAUCGUCGCCCUCCCUCGAACCAAGCCGUCUUCGACAACAUAGCCCGUCGCGAUUUUGAAGCCUCCAGGGGUGCCCAACCCGUUCCGUUCCGUCGGGACUCCUCCAGGGAGCGUUCACAGGAGCGCCCCUCCACCUCCUACCGCUCCGAACAACCUUCACACAAACAGCACCGGAAUCUGUCGGCACACGGUCAUCAACGGGAUAGCAUCGACAUGGCUACCGCGGGGCCCGUCAUGGCGGAGGGUGUCGCGGGACAUUCGCAGGCUGCUGCCGGCGCCCACCUGCACCCGACCAACUCCGUACAAACAAAGCGUCGCACGAUGAUCACAACCCCGUCGGGUCAAUGGGCUUUGGGUAAAACACUGGGAGCCGGCAGUAUGGGCAAGGUCAAAGUUGGAAAGAACAUGGACACUGGUGAGCAGGUGGCCGUUAAGAUCGUCCCCCGGCAAUCCACGGAGGAACACCGCAGCUCGCGCGAAGCCGAAAGAGCUGAUCGCUCCAAAGAGAUCCGAACCGCCCGCGAAGCGGCCAUUGUCAGCCUCGUCAAUCAUCCGUACAUUUGUGGUAUGCGAGAUGUGGUGCGAACCAAUUACCAUUGGUACAUGUUGUUCGAGCUCGUCAAUGGGGGCCAGAUGUUGGACUACAUCAUCUCCCACGGCAAGUUGAAAGAGAAGCAGGCUCGGAAGUUCGCCCGUCAAAUCGCCAGCGCUUUGGAUUAUUGCCACCGCAAUAGCAUCGUGCAUCGUGACCUGAAGAUCGAGAACAUCCUGAUCAGCAAGACUGGCGACAUCAAAAUCAUUGACUUUGGUCUGAGCAAUCUAUUCUCCCCAAGAAGCCUUCUCAAGACAUUCUGUGGCAGUCUCUACUUCGCAGCUCCGGAAUUACUACAGGCUAGACAAUAUACCGGACCGGAGGUGGACGUAUGGAGUUUCGGAAUUGUACUCUAUGUUCUGGUCUGUGGCAAAGUGCCUUUUGACGAUCAGAGCAUGCCCAAACUUCAUGCCAAGAUCAAGCAGGGUGUGUUCGAGUACCCGCCCGGGCUCACAACAGAAUGUCGCCAUAUAAUAUCGCGCAUGUUGGUAACCGAUCCCAAGCAGCGUGCCAGUUUGGCAGAGAUAAUGAAUCACCCAUGGAUGAACAAGGGCUUCAAUGGGGCUCCCGACAACUACCUCCCAUACCGUGAGCCGAUACAGCUCCCCUUGGAUCCGGAGGUGGUCGAGAAAAUGACCGGAUUUGAUUUUGGAUCCGCGGAAUACAUUACAACACAACUCACCAAAAUUAUCGAGUCGGAAGAGUAUCAGCAUGCUGUAAAGGCCAUGGCUCGUGACCAACCUCCUCCUAGCCAUACCGAGAAGAAGCGCGGUGUGUUCGACUUCUACAAGCGACGAAACUCGGCCAGCAGAGACACACUGUCCGCUCCCUCCGCCGAAGCUGUUCAGUUAGGCAACGAUCCGGUUAAUGCCUAUAGUCCCCUGUUGUCGGUCUACUACCUGGUAAAGGAAAAGCUUGACAGAGAGCGGGUCGAAGUUAACCCUGGUGCGCUGGGUGUUCCGCACGCUAGCGGGGACUCGAUGCUCCAAAUGCCAGACCUUCCUGCGCCAGAGGCCGCUCACACCAACCAAUACCACGUUCCUGGAGAGAAAGACACUGGGAGAAGGUCUCGUCCUAGAGCAAGGACCCAUGGUGACGAUGAUCUCAAUGAUGGGAUCAAGAACCUUCAUCUGGCCCCGCAAGCAGGGCACUCUCCUGCGCCUCCUGCGUCGCAGCCGGAGACUCCGGUGAAGAAGGAGAGUACGGCAGCAGGUAUUCUAAGGCGGUUCAGUACGCGAAGGACCAAGGAGCGCAGCCGCGACCCGGAACGCGGCAGACUUGGAAGCCCACAUACGCCUUCCUUGAAUGUCCAGCCCCCAGCCGACUCAGCCUCGCCUCUUUCCAGGGGCUUUAGCGUUAAGAGGACCCGUCGUGCGGACCCGUCGCCGACAGCCGUUCACACGGGUGGUAGUCAACCACAGCACCAGGAUCUUCUCAAGGCUCCAGGACCUGCCGAGCCGGCCUCGCGGUCCAACAAGUUUCUGGAGAGAUCUGCAAGUGUGAACUCGGCAGACUACCGAGCUCGCCGCUCUCGCAGACACGAAGCGGAUACAGCGGCCCAGCCACCUCCAACUAGCGGCUCCGACUAUGCGAACGUGCAGAAAGAAACCACUCCCGGAAAGGAGGCCAAGUUGACCCGUACACACACAGCCCGGACAAUGUCACUGGGUCAUGCCCGACGCGAGAGCAUCCAGGCUCGGAGGGCCAGACGGGAAGCAACGCGCGAGGCCAACGUCCCUGAGGAGACUGAUGCGGAUAUAUCGGGCGCCGGUACGGCACUUGAAAGUGCCAACGAAGGAGAGGACCUCUCCAAGCCGGUGUACCUGAAGGGUCUCUUCAGUGUUUCAACAACCAGCAGCAAACCCCUGCCAGUCAUCCGGGCUGAUAUCAUUCGGGUAUUGAAACAGCUCUCUGUGGAAUACGUUGAGAUCAAAGGCGGCUUUAGCUGCCGCCACGCACCGAGCAUCGACCUGGACAAAGUAGUAGACGUCGGACCCCCCAGCCCAGACCGUCAGGGACAAGUUUCGGGCCAUCGUCGCCGCAUCAGCUUUGGGGGCUUUUUGAACCAUGAUGAGCGAGACGAAUCGCGACACUACACGCCUCGGGGCCAGCGUCGGACUCGUGCUCCACCGGAUCAAAGUUUCGUGACAGACUCUGAAGGCCCCGACGAAGAUGAUGGCUCUCGGGACCACCGUGACAACGUGUUGGUGGGCGAACGUGUCAUGGGAGAGACUACGACCCGGGUGCAGAGUGAUACGGGCGAGAACCUGGUCCUCCGGUUCGAGAUUCUGAUUGUCAAGGUCCCGCUGUUCUCGCUGCAUGGUAUCCAGUUCAAGAAGGUUGCAGGCGGUAUGUGGCAGUACCGGGAAAUGGCCAAGAAAAUCCUGGACGCAUUAAGACUCUGA